AUGGUUCAGAUUAGUAAUAUCGUGUGUUCUGCCGACCUAGGCUGUACUCUCGAUUUGAGAUUGUUUACACUCCAAGCCACUAACGUACAUUACGAUGCCAAAAAACAUAAUGUGGUCAGUUGGAGGCACAGAAAAAUAGGUGGCCAUUGCUUUGUGUACGCAAAGGGGAAAUUGGUAUGCAAUGGCGGUGUGAGUUCCAAGGAAGAAGCUAGAAGGCGGAUCCGUCGCUACGCUCGAAAAAUACAACAAAUGGGUUACCAGGUGAGGCGAAAUUUUCCAAGAAACAGGGUGGUGGUUGAAGGUUUCGACAGUCAGUGGGAGGCGGAUCUCAUGGAUCUUUCGGCCCUGGCUUCUGAUAAUAGAGGAUACCGCUACGCUCUAGUGACUAUCGAUGUGUUUUCCAGAUACGUUUGCUGCAGAGCAAUAAAACAGAAAACGGCUUCUCAGGUUCUGGAGGCCUUCCGAGCCAUUCUUGGUGAAGGAAGGACACCAAAGGCACUGAGAACCGACAAAGGAAAAGAGUUUAAAAAUAAACAAUUUCAGUCCUUUUGUAAGGAAAACAACAUUCACUUCUUUACUUCCCAGAAUGAAACUAAAUGUGCCUACGUCGAGCGUGUCAUCAAGACUGUAAAAAUGAAAAUCUUUCGGCUGACUUCGAUCCAGAAAAAUUACAUCGAUCACCUGGACGAUUUGAUAAGCAGUUACAACCAUACCCGUCACCGCUCUCUCGGCACGUCACCCUCUGAUGUAUCCAAAGAAAACGAAAGUGAAGUAAGAUUACAGCAGUAUUUAAUAAGAAAAGGAAAGACCAAUAAGAGGGGAGCCUAUCGAUUCAAACCCGGAGACUUGGUACGCAUAUCUCAUCUGAAGCGCAAGUUUGAUCGCGAGUAUCAACAGAAAUUUACUGGAAAAAUAUUCAGAAUAAAAUCGCGCAGGCGGCGACAGAACAUACCCGUUUAUACUUUAGAAGACUGGGAUAAAGAGCCCAUCGAGGGUACAUUUUACAACUCGGAAUUGCAAAGAGUCCUCGUAGACAAGAACACGUCAUUCAGAAUAGAGAAGAUUCUCAAACGAAAAAAAGGACAGGUGCUGGUGAGGUGGCUGUUUUACUCUCCAAAAUUUGAUUCCUUGAUUAAAGCCUCGGAAGUCAAGAAUUACCUCUGA